AUGGCAUUCGACUGUUUCGAGAGCCGUUUGAAAGUUGUAUUAUGUCGCUACGGCAGAGUCGUCGGUAACUACCCUAUUCCAUUCAUUAUCUUCCCCAUUCUGCUUACAUUUUCUCUCGCCCUUGGCGGGUUUUAUUUCACGCGUAACAAUGACAUAGAAUAUCUAUUCACGCCCACGAACGGUCCGGCCAAGAAGCACAGAGAUGAAUUGGAGAGUUUUUUUCCGGCGAAUUACUCUGGUGAAUUUCUCACCAAUCGUCAAACCCAUGUUGGGAGAUACGCCAGCGUUAUAAUUUACACUAAGAACGAAAGUGAAAACGUACUCGCGGUUGACUCACUACGUGAAAUUUUCAGCUUUCACGACAAUGUGACAGACACGAAAGCAAGGAUUGGGAGAAACGUAUACUCAUACAGACAGUUAUGUGCCAAGUGGAAGACACAGUGUGUUGAUCCAAACCCAGUAUUAAAUAUUUACAACUAUACAACGCAAAAUGUGAAUUUUAUCAACAUAUCGUACCCAGUAAUGGCGGGCGAUAUAGCAUAUUUUAUCGGCGGUAGCCUCGGUGGCGUGCAAUUCUAUGACGAUACGAGUAUUGUGAAGUCGGCGAGAGCUAUUGUGUUGUUCUAUCCAUUAAAACAUUCGCCAAAUGACCUUGAUGAGGCGAGCAUAGAAUUUGAAGAAAAGAUCAAGGACAUGGCGCUUAAUUUUAAAUCAAUGAAAAUCACAGUCACGCUGACCGUAUCACGGACCCUGCCCAACGAUUUGAAGAACAUCACCCUACAGAUGAUGCCGAUGAUGGUAUUAACCUUCGUUGUCCUUACAGCAUUCUCUGUUCUGUCUCUGAUGAUGGCUGAUUGGGUGACCAGUAAACCAGUACUUGGUUCUCUCGGCGUGAUCUCGGCACUGUUAGCUGUGAUUUCGACUAUAGGGUUGCUAAGUUUCUGUGGCGUGCCCUUCAUCCAUCUCAAUAUUGCAAUGCCAUUUUUGACACUAGGAGUUGGAGUGGAUGAUAUGUUCAUAAUGAUAGCAUCAUGGCGAACAACGCCACCACGUAACAGCGUACCUGAUCGAAUGGCGGAGACCUUCUCAGAAGCAGCGCUCUCUAUAACAAUAACAAGCAUCACAGAUGUAUUGGCGUUCGGCAUUGGAGCUAUUUCAACUUUCCCUUCUGUUCAAAUAUUCGGUUGCUAUUGCGGGGUUGCAAUCCUAUUCGACUAUAUUUACCAAAUCACAUUUUUCGGUGGCUGCAUGGCUUUAAUUGGACGUCGGGAACGACAAAACAAGCACUGCCUUACGUACGUGAAAGUUUUGCCAAAAAAGGAGUCUCAAUCGUUGAGUUAUCGAUUAUUUUGCGCUGGUGGUAUCAGUAACAGCACGGACUGUGACGACGUGGUUCCUGACCACUUGGUGAUGACUUUUUUCGACAAAUAUUACGGCCCCUUUAUCACUCUGCCGUGGAUGAAAUUGGUCACGUUGAUCUUAUACCUUGCCUAUAUAAGUGUUGCUAUUUGGGGAUGUUUUAAGGUCAGUGAGGGAAUACAGCCCCGUCAACUCGCCCUAGAAGACUCUUAUAGCGUGGAUUUUUACGACGCCGAAGAACGUUAUUUCAACGAAUACGGACCAGUUGUACAGAUCGUCGUCAUCGAAUCUGAAAAUUAUUCCCACUCAGAUACUCAAAAUGAAAUCGAACGCGUCCUUUUUAUGUACGGGGAAAAUGAAUAUUUCUACGGUACGGAAUACAGCACGCAGUCUUGGCUCCGUGAUUAUUUGGACUUUCUUGACAACGCUGGACUAUCUUACUCGGACGAGGACACUUUUGUGUCGCUCUUGAGGAGUUAUUUUCUGACCAAUCCGCUAUACGAGCAUUACAAGUCUGACAUUGCCCUUAGCAACAACACCAUCAUAUCCUCGCGAUAUUCCGUACAAUCUCGAUACGUUAAAAAUGUAAAAUCGGUUCAGAAUUCUUUGCAUCAAUCUAGAAAAAUCGCCGAAAAUUCAAGGCUGCCUAUGAUUGCCUACCACCCGACGUUUGUAUUUAACGAUCAUUUUGAUGCUAUAUUACCCAACACCGUACAAAAUAUUGCAAUAGCUGCUGUCGCCAUGCUGGUUGUUUCUUUACUCCUCAUUCCUCAUCCGAUCUGUGCGCUUUACGUCACCCUCACUGUGGCAUCCAUAGUUGUCGGUGUUGUAGGUUAUAUGUCGCUAUGGGGUGUCGGUUUGGAUUUCGUUUCUAUGAUAACAAUCGUAGUCUGCAUUGGUUUCAGUGUCGAUUAUUCGGCUCAUUUGACAUACGCUUUCGUCAUCUCUCCCAGGGAGACUCGCAACCGCCGCGCCAUUUACGGUCUGUAUUUACUUGGUUUACCCGUCGUGCAAAGCGUGGCCUCCACCAUCAUCUCCAUCGCUGCCUUGUCGAAUGCCAAAACAUACGUUUUCAGAGCAGUCUUUAAGACCAUGUUUUUCGGUAUAUUUUGGGGUGGCGUCCAUGGUAUUUUGUUUCUUCCCGUUCUUUUGUCGGUCGUUGGUCCGAAAAAUUCAAAGUCCCCAAAACCGAAAGCAGGGGAGGAGAACGAAAGUGGGGAGGGUGUGGAUGGUGUUCUAGGCCAGCGACAGUUACGCGUGUGGAUGAAAGAACACAGGCUGCAAUCAUUGGAGAAACAAAAUCAGAAAAAAGGAACACGCCACAAACUUUACUAUGUAAACGAUAAGAUCGACGAGCAAUUUCAGUUCGGCAGUGACACUAUUAAUACGACAAUAAACAAGGGCACGGACAUAGAUACAGUUUGUCCUUUGCGUAGCAAUGAACAAAGCAUUGCGCCACCGUCUCCAGUGGUCAACUCGACAACUGACAACAUCGAAUCGCCCAAACAGUUCGGAGUGGGAUCACCACCGCCGAAUAUUUCAUCCACAAGUCAAGAGUGUGAUCACGGUACAUUCGCGAACAGUGUUCCUGUUGAUGGCAGCUCCGGGACGCACGCGAAUGGUCUAAACGGUUGUGUUAUUCCAUAUCAAAAAUCCGAGUUCCACAACAUUGCUGCAAUUGAGAAUAAAACCGAAGAUGUCUAA